UUUAUAAGAUCUUCGCAAGAAAAGCAAUUUUCAACUUGAUCUUCGAAUGAGCGAAUACAUUAGUUUAAUACUGAAUAUGGCCACAAGGUGGCGGACGUUAUUAUGAGUUUGUCCUGGCUUGAUAUCUGUUCUAUAUUUUGUCAAGGUUUAUAUAUUUUUGUGGUUCUUUGUUAAUUUGUUAACCUCAAUCAUUUCAAAUAUUUCUAUAACGUGUGUUCAAACGUUCAGUUUCUUAAAUAUUUUUCAUCAAACACUCUCAUCUUUGUGAACAAGUACAUUUUAUCAUUACUAUUCGAUGUACACUCCGUUUGACAAUAAAAGUUUGUAUAUGGAGGAUUCUAACCUAUCACGAAACUUCCUGUACGCAUGUCAGAGUGGAGACUUAUCAAGAGUGGAAAAACUCGUAUCGAAACACGACAUUCAGGAUUGGACACACUUCAGACACACGACUUCCGGUGACACUGCGUUACAUCUUGCCACCCGCGAGGGUCAUUUGAAUAUCGUUCGAUACCUAUGCGAGAAUUUCAAGGGACCAGAUUUUAGAGUGAACGUCGCCAGUAGAGAUACGAAAAGACCGCUGCAUGAAGCGGCGCAGUUUGCUCGUAGCGAUAUACUCAAAUAUUUAAUUGGAAAAGGUGCAGAUGUGGAUGCCUUAAAACGCGCUGAUUGGACACCGCUCAUGCUGGCGUGUACGAAAACCGGAAGUGAUGCCUAUAAAUGCAUCGUAGCGCUUUUAGAGGCAAAAGCAAAUCCGUUUUUGCGAAAUAAAGAUGGAUGGACGUCGUUGCAUCUAGUUUGUAGAUCUGGCGAUGAAAAUGCUUUUGAUUUGUUAGUAAAUAAAUUUGUCGAACGCAUCGAUGAUCGAAGCAAUAAUGGUCGUAGUGUUAUGCACAUUGCUGCAUUUCACGGUCACGAGGGUUUAGUCAAUCGUCUUAUGGCUCUUAAUACGAAACUUUUGAACGCGCGUGAUUUCUCGGGAUCUACUCCUCUUCACGAAGCGGUUAAAGGAGGUCACGUAUCCGUCGCAAAACGAUUAAUUAAUUUGGGAGCUGAUAUCAAAGCUAAAGACAACGCUAAUCAGACUUUUUUACAUAUAGCAGCUAUAAUUGGAAAUAGAUUGGAAUUGUAGUUGAAAAACUAAUUUCAGUAGGAGAUUUUUUAAAAUAGACAAAAACGAGACACAUUUUAUUCAGAGAUUGGUACACAUUUAUUUAUCCUUUUUUCCUGUAUCAGACAGUCUUAAAGAAGCAUACAAAAAUGAAGAAACGGAGGCUCUUAGUAGAUCGGAGAUACCUAGAUUUUACAUUCUUCUUGUUCGUUUGUGUUCUUCUUUUUCUUCUUCUUCCUCUUCUUCCGCUUGUUGUUCGGUGUUCCUCUUCCUUUUCAUUUGUCAGCGUGCGCAGGCAGGCGAUGAUUCACAGGAAAUCUACGCGCUUAAUUACGUGCUAAAACCGUGUCCGCAUACUUCUUUCUCUUUCUUUAAUUACGUUCGUUAAAUAUCACUUACAAAGAGAGAACAUAAAUGGUAAAGAUCACAGAAUUUUCACGAAUCCUAUGUGAACAUGAAUCGUGCGUCGGUUUGUCCAAAAAUUCUGUAAUACGACCGAUACUGCUUCGUGCCUUUGGGUAAAACGGUUCAGAAAAAAGCCGAUUCGAAAAAUAUUCCGACGCUUUGAGAGGAUGGCUGCGGGUGGGGUAGGGAUAUUUUUGAGAUGAUCGGUGGAGUGUGCACACGUGGAUGCAUGUAUAUGUGGGCGUAGUGCGUUUCUAUCUCCGCGGAUUGACUUUCUGCGAUUGCUUCAAAUUUCCUUUCUCUGGUCGCCCCGAUACAAUUUUUUUCAUUUUCUCUUUCCUUUCUUUCUUUUUCCUUUGCACGCAAAACGAAAGCUUAGCCGCUAAAUAUCUCGAGGGACGACUCGAUCGUGGUUCGUUUGGAAACUCGUUUACGCGAGUAUGCUGCUGCAUACAAGAGAACAAGGACGAAAAGUAAAGAGAGACAGCACACACGAUUUGAAAGGAACAUCUCGAGAUUGGACAGUACGGACAGGUGUACUCGAUCAGAGAAAAGAUCAGCUUCGCGCCUAUUUUGUCGCGUGAAAAGAGGAGAAGGAUGGAGAUUAAGGGCGAGGGGUUUGAGAAAGGAGGGGGGAGGGAAGAGGAUAUUUAUAUUUAUAAAACGGCUAAGGAUAAAACAUGCACUGUAUAUCUGUCCAUCUGAUUAACUGCUUGCACAUUUUCAUUCUUAAUCAUUCCCCUUCUUUUCUCCAAUCUUUUUUCCCCUCUCUUCAGCUUUUGUCUAACGUUCGUGUUCUUGGUUUGUUCCUUUCUCCCGACUUUCCAUUCGUUCAAGUAACAGUAACCUAACGCACGGGACGAGUGCUUGAAUUCAUAUUAUUUUUUCUUUUUUACAUUCCCUCCUUCUCUCAUCGAACCUACGUAUUUAUCGUCCUUUCUUCUCUCUUUUUUUUUGUUUGUUCUUUUAUUCAUUUGUCGUUUACUUCUCUUUAGUGGAGUUCGUUUAUAAAUAUCCAAAGAUUACUUGGGCUCUCAUUUAAUAUUGUUUUUUUUUUGUUUGUUUUACUUCCUCGCUUAAUUUAUUUACACAUUAACUAAUUACGCUUGGGACUUAAGUUAAAUCGCGUCACGCGUCCGCCAUCACGAUAAUAGUCACUGUAAUAUCCACUACUUACUAAUAACUUGUCUUAUCUAAAUGUAUUCUUUUCUGUUUUCACAUCGAUCGUCUCGGUCGCCUCCUUCUUGUUCUCUCUCUCUCUCUCUCUCUCUCUGUCCCCCUUUCGUUCUUUACCUCUUUCUCUCAUUUCCUCAUGCACACAUAAUUCUCUCUCUCUCUCUCUCUCUUUUCCAUUUACAUUACAACGUGUUCAACAUGUACAAAGCCCUAUUUACAUUAUGUACACCUCAUUUCGAGAAUUUCCCAAUGAUAAUGCUUCUAUCUCUCUCACUCUCCUCUUUCGCACGCAACAAUCUCUUAAACCAGUGCGUCUUCUUUCCUUUCUGUGGCCGCCGGUUACGCCGUUGUCGAUGCUUAGAAAGUAAAGAAGAAAAAAAAAAAAAGAAAAGGAAUAGAGGAAAGACAAAUAGAAAA